AUUAUAAAAAAUUUUUGGGUGAAAAUGUCAAAUAGAGUGGAGGAAGCUUGUAAACUAUAUGAAAAGUUGGGAAAGCGUUGGAAAAAAGGAGAUAAGAUAUUCUUGUGGAGAACUCACACUAGAACUUUUCAUGUCCCACCACGUACCCAAACCUGGGAACAAGUACUGGAUCGAUUAUAUCAACAAUUAGAAACCAACGAGCCAUGGAGUACUAUACACAAUCCAAUAAUACAAAGUGAAGCAACGCAACAAGGACAAGACUUUACUUGUACCAUUCGUCUGUUUGAGGACUUUCAUAGUCAACCUAUGAAGACCUUGACAGCGGUGAAUAGUUACUGUCCACUGUGUUUUUGGGACUAUCAAACGAUUGAAAACUUUUCCAAGCAUUGGAAACGUAUCCACACAAUAUUUCGUUGGAAGUUGGAAGGUGCCAAUUUGAUCGAGGGUUAUUUUAAACACAAAGUAGAUAUGUUUCAAUUGUUGGAAUACGUGGAUGAAGUUGGCCACUUUUUUUCGAGUUAUGUUACUUUGGGAUGGAAACAAGAGCAAUGUGAAUUGAUGGCUUUGAAUUGGAACAUAUUAGCACCGACUGUGAAAAACGGUAAGGUUUACUUUUCUACGAUGAAGUUUGCUACGAGUGGAAUGGAUGUGUGGAAAAUGGCGGAGAAAACGACCAAAGCUUUGCUUGAACAAUUUGUAGAACAUGAGAAUAUUUCAUAUUCUUCAUCUUCUCAGCCUAUGAAUAAGACAGAAAAAGAUGCUCAAGUUUCUUAUCGAAGGAUAUCGAAAAGUCCAACCAUGAAAAAGAAUGUCGUGGGAAGCAGCAGCAGCAAAUCCUCCAAAACAACGAAAGAUGAGAUGCCUCAAUUGAAGGAUCGUACUUAUUAUCAUACAGUAACAUUGCAUCCAGUAGCUCCAGAUGAAAUGGAUCGAGAUAGUGAAAGCGAUUAUUCUGAAGAAUGGAAAGAAGAGUUGGAAACACAAUGGUUGGAAACUGAAAUAUUAUCGCAUCGCACGAGAGUAUUUUUUCAACUAUGGAAUUCCUUUGUGAGAAAGAAUAGAGUGAUUGCUGACUUUCAAUUGCCAAUUAUUUGUGAACAAUUUGUUCAAGAACACUCCAAAGAUAUUGUACAAUGGGAUCUCUUUCAUCUUUGGAGAAUGCAUUUAUUGAAUUUAUUUGAAUACGGUUUGAUACAAAGAGCAGAUAUUGUGAAAUGUUGUCAACCGUUAAUUAUUCAUCAAAGCUUUCCUUAGAAUACAUCUUCCAAUACGGAUUCCUUCCCAUGAGUGAUAUGUUUAUGUAAUAAAAAGUCAUUGAAAUUGAGACGAGUACAUAAAUUGGCAAGAUGAGGU